CAGGCUUCGGAUGAAUUCGUUCGUACCAUUGAUGCCAAAGUCCGUGCUGAAGGCGUCGAGGGUUUUCACCGAGGCACAGAUGGAGCAUUGGAAUUUCGGGGCAAGAUUGUGGUGCCAAAAGUCGAGGCGUUAAGGAAGGAGAUCUUGACGGAGGCUCAUACUGCACCAUAUCUAGCCCAUCCAGGAAGUACAAAGAUGUAUCAUGACUUGAAAAGGUCAUUUUGGUGGAGAGGUUUGAAGAAAGACGUAGCCGACUUUGUAAGAAAAUGUUUAACCUGUCAGCAAGUCAAAGCUGAGCACAAGAGUCCCAUAGGCCUUCUGCGACCACUAUCGAUUCCGAGGUGGAAGUGGGAGGAUGUCAUGAUGGAUUUCGUCACGGGGUUACCGAGGUCGUCUGAACAUCACGACGCUAUUUGGGUCGUAAUGACGAACAGUAAAACAACAGCGGAAACUGUAGUGGUGAAUUUGGAUAGCAGUACCGUGAUCAUGAAAACAAGUUUACUGAAAAAUAUAUCGGCACUGCUUUGCCAAAUUCAAACU